AUGGUAUUUCAAGCGGGGGAGCUCGGUCUUCGCACAGAACCAUUCGAGCAUGAGCUUUCUCCUCAUGAGCAGAUCAAUAUCAUCCAGUCUUUGACAUGGGUCUGGUGGCCGCUUGAGCUUUGUUUCUUCGAUAGAUUGACAUACUCGAGGCGUAACGAUGGAAAAAAGACGACUCAUAAGCCUCAUCUCGGGUCAAGGCGCAAAAUACACCCUAAUCAGAAGAUCCAUGGUUCUCUCUUGCUGGCCGGUAAAUUGAAGAGCGGGUACACUCCAAAAGCACGUCCUUUGGAUGACGAUGCAUCAUUCUGGGAUACAGCGCGUGAGAAGGGGCUCGGCAAUUGGCUGGAAUUGGACUUGUUCGACGCUGUGCGCGCCCAUGUGGAGAAGUUCAUCACCGAGGAUGAUAGUAGUGUGUGGGAGAAUUUGCGCCAUAUUGGAACUUGGGGUAAACUUGCUCAGUACCUCAGAAUCUCCAUAGCUCACAUAUGGGCACAUUUAGCGGAUGGACGACAAGCAGUGUACGUUGAAGUCAUUAACGGGCUGAAGACACUUGCUCUCAAGCCUGAGAUCACGUUUCAACUCCUGCACAACACGGUAGACAUCCUCAGGGGUCAUCGAGCCAAUUUACAACUAAGUUCGUCGAUUGAAAUUCCUCUCGUAGCAGACCUUCGACAUAGUCACGAAAAACACUACCAGGAGACAGCACAGCAGUUUAUGGAGCAGUUUACGGAUCCUUCCAUCUUCGUAUUGAGUGGACACACAGAGCGGAUCACAUCUGUCACAUUCUCGCCUGACGGCAGGCGCAUAGUCUCGGGCUCGUGGGACAGGACAAUUCGGAUCUGGGAUGCGGGGACAGGGAAGCCAAUGGGAGAGCCAUUCCAAGGACAUACAGCUGUGAUCCUACUUGUGGCAUUCUCGCCUGAUGGCGGGCGCUUAGUCUCGGGGUCGUACGACCAGACAAUUCGGAUCUGGGAUGUGGAGACGGGGAAGCCAAUGGGAGAGCCAUUCCAAGGACACACAGGUGACAUCAACUCUGUCGCAUUCUCGCCUGACGGCGGGCGCAUAGUAUCGGGGUCGGGCGACCGGACAGUUCGGAUUUGGGAUGCAGAGACGGGGAAGUCAGCGGGAGAGCCAUUCCAAGGACACACAGGUGACAUCAACUCUGUCGCAUUCUCGCCUGACGGCGGGCGCAUAGUCUCGGGGUCGGACGACCGGACGAUUCGGAUUUGGGAUGCAGAGACGGGGAAGUCAGCGGGAGAGCCAUUCCAAGGACACAACAGUUGA